AUGUCUAAUCUGUACGGAAAGGUAGUAAAAGUGUCUUGCUUCACCUAUAAACCAUAUGUAUUGUUAGAUUUGAAUCCUGCUGUGGUGCCUUACGGUCGAGACGGAAUGGAGAUAAGGAUUGUGGACGAAUUUUGUCGGUGGAUUAAUUGUUCAAUAGAAAUAGUUCGGGACGAUGAGUACCAGUGGGGAGAAAUUUAUUCCUAUGAGAAUAGAACAGGAGUAGGCGUAUUAGGUAGUAUGGUUGAAGAUCGUGUCGACUUUGGAAUCACGGCUUUGUAUUCUUGGUACGAAGAAUUCCUGGCACUCGAUUUCUCCGCUCCUUGUAUAAGAACAGGCAUUACUUGCAUUGCUCCAGCACCACGGAUGUUAGCGAGCUGGGAAACACCGUUUCUGCCUUUUAGCUUAUAUCUUUGGAUUGCGAUAAUAUUCACAUUUCUAUACGCGUCUGUCGGACUGGCCAUCGCUCAAAGGUGUUCUACAAGGAAUGUUUUACUUACCACUUUCGGGAUGAUGAUAACCCAGACACAAAGCGACGUUGGUAGCUCGUGGAGAAUUCGGCUUAUUACGGGUUGGCUUUUGAUAACUGGAUUAGUAUUGGACAAUGCGUAUGGAGGGGGAUUGGCCUCUUCAUUCACGGUACCUAAGUAUGAAAAAUCAAUUGACACAAUAAAGGAUAUCGUUGAUAGGAGCAUCGAAUGGGGUGCAACGCAUGACGCUUGGAUAUUCUCAUUAGCUUUAUCACAAGAGCCUGUAAUUAAAAAAUUAGUGAGUCAGUUUAAAAAAUACUCAUUUGAGGAGUUACAACGUAAAAGCUUCACCAGAAGCAUGGCGUUUAGUAUUGAAAAACUACCGGCAGGUUAUUAUGCGAUCGGCGAGUAUAUAACGGAAGAGGCUGUUUUAGAUUUAACAAUAAUGUUGGAGGAUUUUUAUUACGAGCAAUGUGUGAUCAUGCUGCGGAAAAGUUCCGCAUACACGAAUAAAUUGAGUCAGUUAAUAGGUAGACUACAUGAAUCCGGUCUCUUACUGGCAUGGGAAACACAGGUGGCUUUGCAGCAUUUGAAUUACAAAGUCCAACUGGAGGUAAGACUUUCUAGAUCCAAAAAGGAUGUUGAUAAGGUGGAGCCACUGGCUUUGAGACAUGUCUUGCCUGGAUAUCAUCAACCCUAUAAACCAGAAAUGAAAUACGUGGGCAAUAUUCAUGGUAAUGAAGUUCUUGGGCGAGAGUUACUCUUAGGCUUAGCCGAUUAUUUGUGCCAGCAAUAUUUAAAAAAUAAUCCUAAAAUUAGGGCACUUAUUAAGAGAAGUAGAAUACACCUUUUGCCAUCUAUGAACCCUGAUGGAUGGCAGCUGUCUACAAGUUUUGGUGGACAAGACUAUCUUAUUGGACGCGGUAAUAACCAUUCUGUGGAUCUUAAUAGGAAUUUUCCUGACUUGGAUGCUAUUACAUUUGAGUUUGAACGUCUUGGUAUCAAUCAUAACAGUCAUUUGCUUAAGGAUGUCACUCAGCUUGCUGCACCGCUGGAACCCGAAACGAGGGCGGUGAUGAGGUGGAUUAUGUCGAUUCCGUUCGUGCUGAGCGCGGCGAUGCAUGGUGGCGAUUUGGUUGCGAACUAUCCAUACGACGAAAGUAAAAGCGGCGCUUUGGCAUCGGAGUACUCCGCUAGCCCGGACGAUGAUACCUUCAGGGAGCUGGCGAUGGCGUAUGCCAGCGCCCACGCCGACAUGGCGUCCCCGCGCCGGCCGGGCUGCCACAUCGGCCGCGACCAGUCCGCUUCCUACAAUUUCGGCAAGCAGGGAGGCGUAACCAACGGCGCGGCGUGGUACAGUCUCAAGGGAGGAAUGCAAGACUUCAACUACUUGGCGACGAACGCCUUCGAGAUCACACUCGAGUUGGGCUGCAAGAAGUAUCCGCUUGAGAGCGAGCUGGAGAACGAAUGGAACAGGAACAGGGAGGCGCUCUUGGCUUAUCUGUGGAAGGGGCAUACUGGCGUCAAGGGGCUGGUCAGAGACGAAACUGGCUACUUGGAGAACGCAAUCAUUUCGGUCGUCAACAUCACGGGGCCCGUGCCGAAACCGAUCCGCCAUGACGUCACGACGGGAAUGUACGGCGAUUACUACCGCCUGCUGACCCCCGGUCAGUACGAGCUGACCGCGAGCCACGUGGGACACUAUCCGGCGCAACGGCAGGUCACCGUGCCGAAGCGGCAGUACACUGCGCAGGUGGUGAAUUUCAAACUGCAGCCCAUACGAUUUGAUGACGGUCCACUGUUCCUGGAUACGCCUUUCAACUACUACGCCCACUUCGUCGGCGACCAACCUCGCAUCUACAAGAGAUCGCUCUUUGAAAAGGUCGCUAAUACCAUGCUGGAGGCAAAGGACACUCCCAAAGAA